UAAAAGAAGAGAGAAGAAGAGUAGUGUAGCAGAGCAUUGUUACAGGCUAAUGGAGAAACUAGCCUUGCACGCACCUUCAAAUGCAACGGUUCACACACAACAAUUCCUAUUUCAGCAUUCUCUCUUUCCCGUUCCCGGUUUCACCAACCGAACUACCUUCCACCGGAACCGAACCGAAUCGCCGUCACAGCUUUGCUGCAGAAGCAGGCACCGUCGUUUCGAAGCAUUCGCCAACAAACAAGAGCAGCUCUGGGUCAGCGAAGAAGCACAAGGAGAAGAACAAGAAGAUGAAGAAGUAGCUUCGUAUUUGGACGACGACGCGUCGUUCUUGUCUCUCAGCGUGAAGCCCGACAGGAACAUGGCUUUGCUCGACGAUUACGAGACCGAGGAGCUCGAUUUCGAUUCCGGACCCGACCACCGAAGCGGAUAUGUGGCUUUACUUGGCAAGCCAAAUGUUGGGAAGAGUACACUUGCAAACCAAAUGGUUGGCCAAAAGUUGUCAAUAGUUACGGAUAAACCUCAAACAACAAGGCAUCGAAUUCUCUGUAUAUGUUCUGGCUCAGAUUAUCAGAUGGUACUUUAUGACACGCCUGGUGUUCUACAGAAGGAAAUGCACAAGUUAGACUCAAUGAUGAUGAAAAAUGUUCGCAGCGCUGCAGUUAAUGCUGACUGUGUAUUGGUUCUCGUUGAUGCAUGUAAAGCACCUGAAAAAAUCGAUGAAGUGUUGGAAGAAGGCAUAGGAGACCUCAAAGAUAAACCCCCCACUUUACUGAUUCUGAACAAGAAGGAUCUUAUCAAACCUGGUGAAGUUGCAAAGAAACUUGAGUGGUAUGAGAAAUUUACCAAUGUUGACGAGGUUAUACCAGUUAGUGCCAAAUUUGGUCAUGGGGUUGAAGAUGUCAAGGACUGGAUACUGUCAAAGCUUCCCAAGGGACCAGCCUAUUACCCAAAGGACAUUGUCAGCGAGCAUCCAGAAAGAUUUUUUGUAGCUGAAAUUGUUAGAGAAAAAAUAUUUAUGCAGUAUCGAAAUGAAAUUCCCUAUGCAUGUCAGGUGAAUGUUGUAAGCUAUAAGGCUCGGCCCAAUGCAAAAGAUUUCAUACAAGUGGAGAUUUUGGUUGAGAAAAACACACAGAAGAUUAUUCUUAUUGGAAGAGAAGGAAAGGCUUUGAAACUGCUUGCAACAGCUGCCCGCCUUGACGUUGAAGAUUUUCUUCAGAAAAAAGUUUAUCUUGAGAUUGAAGUUAAGGUUAGAGAAAAUUGGCGACAAGAUGAAGGGCUCCUCAAGCACUAUGGUUAUGGGGGUCAGAUACGUGUUAUAUGAUGUGAAGAUGCAAAAAAUGAAAGGUCAGACAUCUAUUAUGAUCUGUAAGUUUCAGGCCAUGGGUUUCCCCACAACAUAAACUGAAUAUCAUUUUGGCUGACACUAACCUCCUUCCUCUCCUUGUAGGCAUGUCUAAUGAUCCACUAUUUUGUAAAUGUGAAUUAAAAAUUAAAUGGAAAAUUUAAGAUAUGGAAGCAAUUUUCACAUUAGCUUCUCUUUCCUUUCCCAUACCCAUAUCAUAUUUACAUGCGUAUGGACAACUGAGAUUGUCUGACAUGACUCAUAUCUCAAAGAUCCAUUUCCUAUUUACAUUACCUUUGUUUUAGGUUGAACAGUUCAAACGGGUGUGGCAUGGGCUUUUACUAAGUCUUCAGGGUCUUGCUCAUUUGAAUUUAUAGGCUUCACAGGCUGUUACUGUAAAAC